AUGGCGACCGGCCUGCCGUACAAGGUGUACGCCGGCCACGACUCGGUGCUGGCGGAAAAGCGUAAGCAGCGGCGGAUACGAACGACCUUCACGUCGGCCCAGCUGAAGGAACUGGAGCGAGCGUUCCAGGAGACGCACUAUCCCGACAUCUACACGCGUGAGGAGAUUGCGAUGAAAAUCGAUCUGACCGAAGCACGGGUACAGGUUUGGUUCCAGAACCGGAGGGCCAAGUUUCGCAAACAGGAACGGAUCGCCCAGCAGAAGAGCGAGCAGAAGUCGUCGGUGCUGGGCGUCGGCGGUGGCAGCACGACCCCGAAGGACAUCAAGCCCCCCGGCUCACCCUGUCUCUCCGUGACCACCCUCAGCACCACGCCCAACUCGAGCGCCUCGUCCCACCACUCGAACGGUGAUAUCAAACCAAUUAAUGGAAAACUGACGGACGAUCUGAACGGAAGCAGUCUGCACAAUGGGCCGAGCCAUCACCAUCACCUGGUGAACCAGAAAGCGAACCAUCUCAGCAUGAACCACAACCUGCAGAACCAUCAUCACCAUGCGGUGGCCGCCCUGUCGUCGCCGUUUUCGUCCCUGCUCGGGGCGGCGGGUGGCGGUGCGGCCGGAUAUCUGCUGGAUCCACUGGGUGGACUCAACAAGACGACCGCGGCCAAUCAUCUGUUUUAA